AUGGACUUGGACAUCAAGACCAAGAGUACCAGGAGUCUGUCUCUGGUGUCUGCGGCAGCUGACGGGGUUAAAGAUGUCUUCGCGGAGUACAGCAACCACGCUACCAUCCACGGCGUGGCUCAGCUAAAUGGACCGAGAAUCUACAACCACAGAAAGCUGGUCUGGCUGAUUCUCCUCUUCGGGAUGGCAAUGGGUUUGGGAGUGAUGAUGUUCCAGCAGUUCAUUCGCUUGUCUGCGUGGCCCACCAUCACCGAUUUACAAGCGAAAUUCUCUGACAACUUGGACUUCCCAGCGGUGACUAUCUGCAACCUGAACCAGUUCUACAAAGACCGAGUGCCAAACAGCACAAUAAUCCGGAAACUCAUCUUUAAACUGAGUCAGCUGGAGACACUGAUUGACCUUAACACCAGCAACAUAGACGACGAUCACGACGACGAUCACGACAUGCCCGGAGAUGACGUCAGAGAUUUCGCUCUGAACGCCGCCCACCGACUGGAAGAGAUGUUACGGAUUUGUUUCUGGAGGUCACAAGAGGUCAACUGUUCGGAUGUGUUCUCUAAAACUAUCACUACGUUCGGCGUGUGUUAUACGUUUAACGGUAACGCGUCUAAUGUCCGAAGCUGCGGGAACCCAGGACCGCUUGGUGGGUUGAGAGUCAUCGUGAAUAUUCAGCAGCCGCAGUAUUCAUUCUCUAAAACCUUUCAGUCUGGCAUCAAGGUACUUCUACACGAGCCAUCGGAGAUGACGUUCCCGGAAGUAGACGGACUGUGGGUAGGACCAGGUCUGUCAGCAUACAUUGCAAUAAAGCGAUCUUCGAAAACGUUGUUGCCUCCGCCGUACAAAGCGUUUGGCAGCUCUGUGUGUCUUAACACGAAGUCGCCGUCAUUCACGACGCCACUUAUUCGUUUCCAUGACUACAACUACACCAAGCUGGCCUGCGUACAAGAAUGUCUCACAGACAUACUCGUUCAGAUGUGUGGCUGCAGAAUCUUCUUUGGACCAGGUAACGACACCAUCUGUUCUGCGAAAGAAACGAUGAACUGCUACAUAAAAGCAAGAUCCAAUCUGACAAUGACAGACUUUGAGAACUGCAGCUGCCCAGAACCGUGUCACCAGGUGCACUACACCCCCACCUUCUCCCACGCCAACUUCGCCUCUGAUUUUAUUGCCUACCAGCUGGUAAAAGAAAACUUUAUGAACUCCACCGAUUACUUAAGCAGAAAUAGUAUUGAGUUGAGAAUAUUCUACGAAAGCUUGCUGAACACUAGAAUAGUGCAAAGACCGGAAGUGACGUAUCUGGAUAUUUUAGGAACACUCGGUGGUCACAUGGGAUUGUUUCUUGGGGCAAGUCUUCUUUCACUGAGUGAGAUCAUUGAAAUGUGUAUAGUGGUCAUAGCGCGAAUCAUCUCGAAAAUACGUCACUGCAACAGAGUGCCUCGUGUGAUGUCGGAAAAGACCAUGUCUUCGACUGAUGACGUCAAGAAGAACCUCUCUAAUUAAAUCAUACACGAUGUGGUCUUGAGAUAUUCAACCAAUCAAAUCACAGCAUGAAACAAUAUUGAAUGACCUUACGUAAAACGCUUAGCUUUUGGUGUCACCCUUUGAAAAAUUUUGACAAUGAAUAGUUUUUAUUAAUUUAUUUAAAUAUUUAUUUAUCUAUUGAUUGAUUGAUUGAUUUUGUUUUAUUAUUUAUUUAUUUAUUUAUUUGUGUAUAUA